CAAGUCUGGAACGGUUUCCCCAGUCUUUCAAUAAAAGCACCCAGGGAUUGAUUGAUUCCUCAGGUAUUGCCUUUACUCUGGGGCCAAUAUCGAGCAGACGCUUCCAAGCGGACUGCAAGUCCUGCUUUUCACCAUACAUUGCGUACGAAGCUUGGACAUUGCAUGAAAUCCUCAACAAAAUGGCAAUUCAUCUAUGCCUGGCCUUUGAAUGCCGUUGUCAGGUCAAGAACGCAGUCUGUUUAUGAUGCCACAAUGGAAAAACGCUACUACGUCUCAUGGCAACCGUCUUUCACGUGGAAUGUAAGUGCUUGUUGCUAAUCACAAUCAACAUUCCUGCGCCUGCAAAACACGGACAGCGUAAUGUCCCUAGUUAUCAUGACCUCUUCAACGGGUACUUCUGUUGGCAACCCAAGCCUAACGCGUCAAAAUUGGCCGCAUGUCUUCAAUCAGCACCAUGUUUUUGUCCUCAGACCCUGCUAUACCUCAAUCAGCGUCGAACCAUUCGCCUUAUCAAGACCGAACCGAAGACGACAGCGAAGUGGAGGAGGCGCGUAACCCAGGAUUUGACCAUCUUCCACCCUACUCACGCGAAACUGCGAUGCCGUCACACUGGCUGGAAGAACAUCCUCCAUCCCAGACUAAUGAAGCACCACACCAAUACCGGGACAAUAGCCAACUGCCUUUGACCCGCAGGCUGUCGGAUGCUCAAUAUGGUGUACAAACAUCCCUGCAUAGUCGAUGGGCGGAAGAACAAGAUAUGUCCUCACAAACGGCUUGGGAAAGUCAACCAAUUUCAAGAUCGCCCUCCGAUUACAGCCCGGCAUCGGUUGGUUACAGACCAACAAUGCCACACCAUCCCCCAUCCAAUUUGGAAUAUAGGAUAACGUCACCGAUAUACUGUCCUCCAGAUAUGCCUACUCGCUCAUCGAGCUCGCACUUUAACGGAGCAAUGAGUCGGCGUGAGCCAUCAUCAUAUCAUCCCUCUUUGUCAGCAUUGCUCAAGGAAUUGAAGCCGGUCUACCCAGUUGAAUUUCCAGUGUCUUCACAUCCUUCAGACGUGCUCGAUCCAUCGUCUGCGUAUCGCACGUCCAGCCAAUACCACAUCAACAGCCGACCAUCUGAGCGGAUGGAACCCUAUCAGACCCUCACUUAUGAUCACGCAGGCUCUGGUGGAAUCGGCUCAUAUCAAAGAACGUACGACAAUCUAAGGGCCUCGGACAGUCGCCUGCCCGUGAGCCCUAUCUCUGACCUUGGUUUGCAGCAAACAUCGUCUGACCUAUACGGCGCCGAAUAUAGUCGUCACGAACCCCAAGCAGAAGCAGGCCGACAUACAAGACCUUCUGAUCUCGAUUCGCUAUUUGACGGCUCGAGUGGAGUUGAGGAUGAGAUAAAGAUUUCAGAACAACCAACAGCGAGUACAGACGAUCCAAUGCCCUCCCAGAAGAGUUUAUCUGCAUCGGGCCUCUCGAGAAACUUUGACCCUCAGGAGUCAAAACCCUCCUUAGAGAACCAAGACGGUGCUGGCGUUGGACUUCAUUGUCAGCAAAGGGAAGACUUGAAUCUGAUACCAGGACUCUCUGGAAAUGCUGUUGAAGACGAUGUUCCCUGUUCAGUGAUCUCACAUCGACUUGGUAACGAUACUCACACAGACUCUGGCCCGUUGCAAAACGCUGCAGACAGGUUGAAAAACAUGUUGGCUGCAAAUGGUAUAAAGCGUGAAUUUGUGCCCGAAAAGCUCGCAAAAGUCCUAGAGUCUCCCACAGCGGAGCAUCUCGCGAAAGGGACACAACUAGGCGGUCAUCAAGGGUCAGUGGAAACGGUCAAGCAUAGCAUAACUGAAAAAUGCUCAUGCCGUGAGGCAGGACAGAACUGUCGGUGCGCUCAGUCAACGUGUACAUGUCUAGGCUGUGAUUGCACUGACAAGCCCGACAAUAGCGCUUGUUGCACCAAUCAACGCACCGUGCUUCCUACAAAAUUCGAACCGCGAAACAUUGAUUGUUCCACCUCAAGAGAUUAUAUAUCCACUAAUGACAGUCAAUUGAACGGUGACUUACAUCAGGAGUUGAUGGGUAGUACUGCCGCUCAACCAGGUCAGUCACGGGGCGGCAUAAACACGACUUCAGGUAAUCAAAACAGCUGCCUGACCCCAAGUCGUCCUGAUACGCCACGUCCGCUUCCAGAUCAAAGUAUAUGGAGAUAUGGGACCGAGCUCAUGACUGAUCAUGUUCGGCAGAGCGUGGAACCCGAGAUCCCCGUAACCAACUGGAUACGAGAAUCAACUCCAGCUUAUGAGGACAGGUCCAAUACUCCCUCUCCCUGCUCGCGUAGCGACAGGGAUGUUGAGAUGCAAAAUGCACCAGGUUACCAAAUUCCUAGUCCUCCCCCGGAGGCCACAUCUUCUCCUCUCAAGUCACAUGAGCCAACUAUCAUACGACCUGAGUCGCCUAAGAAACUUGCCGCUCCUCCUGUACCUGAUGAUAUACCAACCUUGAAGCAACCAAAGCGUGGCGAGAGGCGAAAGUCUGGGAUUCAAGGCGGAAAGGUUGAGAAAAGGUCCGUCACGGGCUCAAAGGCGAAGGGAGUUCCGAAAAGCAGGAAUCUGACUUGCAAACCUACUACUUCGAUGGGGAAAUUGAUCGAACAGGCCAAGAAGGCUUCUUCGGCCAACGAUCAACAAGAAGCUCUGAAACCAAAGUCGGUUGGAAAUGUAGCCGCGGCCGUGCAAAAGAUUGAACAAGAACUCCAGAAACAAAAGGACGGCAAUCCAGUGAGACGAAGCCAGCGGGCAAACAAAGGGGUUAGACCUUUGCCGUAGCUGCUGCCCCAAGGAUUUGAGUGAGAGAUAGACUUG